CAUAGCUGAUAGCAAAGUACUCUGCUGUUACCCGCUACUUUGCACAUGCCACACAUAAAAUGGCAGGAAGUAGUAGCCUACUCUAGUCGGCCUGCAGACACAGUGACGUAAUGACAGCUUGUCCAAAGAUAUCGAAACUAGCCAGCUUGCUAAUGGCUUACAGUAAAGUUAAAGCCAUAGGGUACAUGCAUUUAUUUUUACGUUUGAUUGUCUGUGACAUAAAAGCUACAUAAUCUACAGUGUUCUUCAUGCUACAACACGUAACAUGGCGCGAGUAACUGCGGGCCAGGAGUAUGACACACUUGCUGAGUGCAACUAUUGCUCCCCUAAUGAGGUCCUGGCUGACGUUCGGAGUGCCACAGCCACUUACACAGACCUUAAUCUCCACGUUGACUUUUACUGUUACCCUAAUAAUGAGAAGAAGAAGUUGGUUUACCUGGGCGGCACUAUACCGGUUGUCUAUGAAGGCAAUGUGUACAACAUCCCGAUCCGUAUAUGGAUCCACGAGACGCAUCCCAAGAGUCCUCCCAAGUGCUCUGUGUGUCCCUCUGUCUUCAUGGUGAUCAACGCCAAAAGCAGUUUCGUUGACGCAAGCGGCCACGUGCAUCUUCACUGUCUGAACAAUUGGAAAAUCGGCUGGUCCAGCCUUUCCAUAGUGCUGGAGGAGAUGAGGGCAGCAUUUCAAAGGGAAACCCCCCUCUUCACUGCAUUUCCAGUGGGGUCUGUGACUCUGUCUACCCCUCCUCUGCCCCCGCUCCCUGGGUCAGCUGAUGCCAACGCCUCCCCCUAUGACAGCUGGCCUUACUCUGACAGUAUGUCUUCACAACAAAACACAAGUGACCUAAACAGGAUGUCCUCUUCGUGUGCAGUGCAGCCUGAUAGCAAUACUCUACCCAAGAGUUCAAAAUCCAGUCAGUCCCUAGCCACCAGGGAGCCUGUCAGUGUAGUGAGACGGUCGUACACACAGGAGCUUCUGGACAUGGGCAUCACGUUUGAGGAGCCAGUGGUCAGGACACACCACCCCACCAACCCAUUUCUCUCAAGUGCCUCUGUUCCAAACAUCACUCCCUCUAAUGUGGAGGACGUAGACAACUUGUUCAAGAGCCUGCAACUAGAGAAAGUUGUUAAUAUAUACCAGCUGGGGACCAAAGACACAGACAUAAACGAGGCCUGGGAGAGGCCAGGGUUUGGUGAGCAGCCCCAUGAAGUAGCUGGAUUGCUGGAUGACACCCACACUGUAGUGAUUGACCACCUACCCCGCGGCGUCUCUCCGAGUCGAAUGAAGAACAAGCUGACCAUUUACUUCCAGCGCAAGCACAACGGCGGCGGGGAGGUUGUGGAUGUGACGUAUCCCACCGCUCAUCCUGACCAAGCCUACGUCACGUUCCGCAAUCGCAGAGAUGUCAGGCAGGUUUUGAGACAGCCAAGUCGAGCGAUUGCAGUGAACGAGCAACAGUUUCCCAUCCAGGUGAAGAAAUUUGAUCGUUCUCAGGUGAGAAGGCCUAAUAAAGAACAGCCUGGAGCUCUGAUGUUUCACACCCAGAGGGAGACAGCUUCCUGCUACCCCUCAGAAUCACUGGUGUUUGAGGUGCCAGAGGGAAUUGUGGGUGAGAAGGCGGCCAUGUUCAAGAGCCUGCUGACGAUGGAGGGCCACACUUUCAGCCCCACUGACGUGCUGGAGGCGGUGCAGGCGUGCCGGGACCUGCCCUCCGCCCUCAAGUACCUCUCUCACGAGUGCCCCAUCUGCCAGGAGCAAGUGUGCUUCAGCAAGAUUAUCACCAUGACUCACUGCUCGUGUGCCUUCUGUGAAAGCUGCUUCAAAGCCUACUUCUCCUCCGUCAUCAAAGAGAAGAGCAUCGUGCACGCUGUGUGUCCCCUGUGCAAUCAUCCUGACGUGCGCGGAGCCCAGUGCUUGGAGGAGUCCGUGGAGUACUUCAGUCUCCUGGAUACACAGAUCAGGCACUACCUUGACCCGGAGACCUACGAGCUGUUCCAGAGGAAGCUGAGGGACCGGGCACUGCAGGAGAUGCCAAACUUCCGCUGGUGUGCCCAUUGCUGCUUCGGGCUGCUGCAUGAAGCCGAACGGCUGAGGAUGGACUGCCCCAGCUGUGGCAAGAGCACCUGCUUCAAGUGCAAGAGUGCUUGGGCUCCCCAACACGAGGGCUUGUCCUGUGAGAAGUUCAAAGAGUGGCAGCUCCACAACAGUCCCGAGUACCAGAACACACGCCUAGAGCACCUCAUGAGCAGAAACAAAAUAGAUUGCCCAAAGUGCAAAUUCCGAUUCUACCUUUCGAAAGGUGGAUGUCUUCACUUCAAAUGCACACAGUGUCAGCAUGAGUUCUGUGGAGGUUGUGGUCGACCUUUCAAGCUGGGCUCUGCUUGCGGGUUUUCUGCAGAGUGUAGCGCUAAGGGUCUACACGCCCACCACCCCAGGGACUGCCUGUACCACCUGAGAGACUGGAGUGUGCACAGGCUGCAAAGGCUGUUACAGCUUCACAGAGUGUCCCUUCCCCUCCUGAUACGGCACAAACACGGAGCAGCAGGCAGAGACUGGAGAGGUGUGUGUGGGGUACUCGAACACAAAGAGAGUGGCGCUACGAAGGAUGAGCCGUGUGGUCGCCCAGCGCUCCAAGAGGACAAUGGCUACUGCUCGUUCCACUAUAAAGAGUGUCUUGUGGAGCUGGUCAACCAGAAGCAUCUGGACCCAGCUCUCUUGUUCGACAUCCAAGAGAUGGUUGCCGAGCUACAGAGAUGGAGGGUCCGGUUUCCACAGCAACAACCUCAGGAAUCAGAUCAGCUGUACAGAGAGCGUCUGAGAAAGAUUCUGACUGAGACAGUGGGUCUCUCUACUGGUGCCUUGGGCAGGAGCAAGAGAAUGGAGCCCUCCUCUUCCUCCCCCUCCAUCUCUGUCAGGAACCCCUGGUCCAGCCCACAGGCCAGCCCUGCUAGGGGCCUGUCAGAAGACUCCCAGCUCCUGCUGCUGCUCAAUGACUAGGGGCAAGCUGCUCUUGGCCAAUAACAACAUUAAUAUCAGACAUUAGAAUAAUAUUUAAAACUUUUGUUUUCUGGUACAUGUGUCUGCUGCAUAGAAGUUCCUCUGAUUGGGUUUCAGGUGUUUUUAAAUGACCGUAUGUGACCAGGACUGCAGAUGUAUUGAAGGAGAAGUGCUCUAUGGUUGGGCAACACUAGUGUGCAGUUUUUCAUUAGUUCUCAGGGCUGCCUAGGAAUGCACUACUGCUGAAGCAUUCCAUGUCCUCUCUGUACGGGAUAAGUAACGUCUGUGCUCUAGCACCCUCUAGUGU